AUGGCUGACGAUACACGGGAGUCGACAGUAUCCACGCCGGAGCCCCAGGGCAGCCCGAAAACCAACAGGCCGAAACAUGAUCUUCCACAGUCGCAGGUCGGGAAGCUGUGGGAUGCUUUUGGGAACCCUGAAGAGCCGGUGAAUAUGCUGCCAUCGGCGGGCGUCAAAUCGGGCAGUAAAUCAAAGGAUAUUACGGUCACCGACGCCAUGAAGUCAAUGUCUUUCGAAAAUGUCACAUCAUUCCACAAGGCUCCCUGUGCCCGGGACUCCCUGCUACUCGGAAUUGGGGCCGGGUUCGGCGUAGGUGGUGUGAGGGGUGUGGUGGGAGGGCUACGGUCUUUGUGGUCCGCUUCGAACUGGGCGGUUGGCGCCUUCGCCAUUACAGCACUUGCCGCACACGAAUUCUGCCAGCGCCGCCGGAUAGAGGAGUUGGAUGGCAUGAAGCAAGCGGUGGAGUUGAUGAAGGAACUCAAGGUCAAGAAACAACGGGAGAAGGAACAGAAGGCCGAGGAGGUCGCGCGUUUGGCAGAGGAGAAGAGGAAGCGGGAGAGCUGGACCAACCUAUCGAACUACAAGUUCUGGUAG